AUGGACGCGCAGGUGGACGGCUUGGUAAAGGAGGCUCUCAGAGCGCUGGACGAGUCAAAUGGGUAAGCGUGAUGCUUCAAAGCUGUGGCGCUGAUCGUAUCUCGCUGAUGUCUUCUGCUCGCUCGUGAUUACCAAUAUUAUCAGGAAACGCGUUCUCAUAGGACUUUCUGGCAUUCCUGGAUCAGGGAAGUCCUCUCUUGCGCGAGCUGUGGUUGCCGAGAUCAGCCGAUUGAUGCCAAUCCCGGCCAUGGUCGUACCCAUGGACGGCUGGCACUUGCCAAAAUCCGCCUUGGACGCAAUGCCUAAGCCGAAAGAGGCCUACGCUCGGCGUGGCGCGGAGUGGACAUUCGAUGGCGAGGUGGGUCAUCACUCGCGACCGUCACGCUGCAAACGGUGUGCUUAGCUCUCGCAUCGCCCUCACAAUUCCUACGCAGGCCUUUGCCGACUUUGUAGUGGCGUUGCGCUCCGCAAAAUCCUCCCUGUAUGCACCCACAUUCAGUCAUUCCACUGCCGAUCCAGUCCCGCAAUCUCUGGAGGUGCCACUCAGGGUGAAAUUGGUGCUCCUUGAAGGUUUGUACUGCAACCUUUCGGAGCCGCCGUGGGAUCGUGGCGCGAAAGCACUAGACCUGAGGUGGGUGGUAGACAUCGACGAAGCGGAAGCGGAAAAAAGGUUGGUCGCGCGACAUGUUGCCACUGGUGUGGCAAAAGAUAGGGACGAAGCUCUUUGGAGAGGUGCGUGGCCAGAUGUCCGCCUUCUUUCCGCUGUCUCAUCUGACAAUUUGCCCCCCAUUGCACUGGACUACGUUGGCCUUCUCUGCAUUGCGCCGCAGCCCGUAACAACGACUUGCCCAAUGGAGUCUUUCUGAUGCAGCACGUCUUGGAGCCCGCGCAGCGCAUCGCAAGCCUGGACGAUCCCAGAUGGGAAGGUCAAGAAUGA